AUGUGUACAGCGUUUUUAAAAGAAGCCAAGUGGCACAAAAGUGGUCACAAACCUAGCCUCGAAGAAUACAUGCAAAAUGGUUGGAUCUCAAGCUCUGUCCCUACAAUACUUCUCCACUUGUUCUUCUCUGACCAAAGCUUAGACAUUAUUGUCUCCUACAACCACCAUGUUGUUCUGCCACCAUCCUCCGUCUUGCUAACGAUCUCGCCACUUCUUCGGUCAGUCAUGGAGGAAUUGGCGAGAGGUGACACUAUGAAGUCCAUACAAUGUCACAUGUACGAGACGGGAGCUUCUGAGGCAGAGGCACGUGCGUACAUUCGACGAAUGAUCGGUGUCGCGUGGAAUGACUUGAACUUGGAGAAAAAGAGUUGUUGCCUACAUCCAGGUUUUGUAGAAGCUGCGAUUAAUCUUGGACGCGUGGCUCAGUGCGUUUACCAGUACGGUGAUGGCCAUGGCUGUCCAGAUAAGGCUAAGACCGUCGAUCAUGUCCGGUCCUUGCUCGUCCACCCUGUUCCACUCGAUUAA